CUGCAAUCUACACAUCAACGCGCGCCACAGUCACCACCGCCACAGCAACCAGCAGUGCCAGCACGAUACAAUCAUGGCAGAUCAAGCAGCCAUUGCGUCCUCACCACGGCAUGACCCAUUGCGGCCACUGAUCCAACAAGAGUCGGCUGCGUUUGAGACGUCGACGGCGGCAGCUAUCACCGGCAAAACUGUGCGACGAGGUAGCAAAGAACGGCAUGAUGUCGAGGGUGCAACGCAAGUGUCCAACGACACGGCCAGCAAACCCACGGACUUUGAGCUGCUCGUGGUCGUGGGCCAAGGUGCAUUCGGCAAGGUGAUUCAAGUGCGCCACAGGCCAACGGGGGAGAUCUACGCCAUGAAGAUUGUCAGCAAGGAGUACCUGGUCAAGAAGAACUACAUUGGCAACAUGCAGACGGAGCGCGACAUCAUGACCAAAGUCGACCAUCCGUUCUUGGUCAAGCUCAAGUAUGCGUUCCAAACCCCUGCCAACGUGUACCUGGUGAUGCCAUAUAUUCCUGGUGGCGAGCUCUUCCACACUCUGCACAAGCAAGGCCUGCUCCUCGAGCACACAGCAUGCUUUUACGCUGCCGAGAUGGUGCUCGCGUUGGAGUAUUUGCACGGUCAAGGUAUUAUCCACCGAGAUCUCAAGCCAGAAAACAUUCUCUUGGAUGCUGACGGGCACGUGUGCCUCACCGACUUUGGGCUGAGUAAGGAACUGCCCCAGGACGACGAAGCCAAGACUGUAUGUGGCACCAACGAAUACAUGGCCCCUGAGAUGAUUCGAAACAAACCGUACUCGCAUGCCGUCGACUGGUGGGCCCUCGGCGCGCUCAUCUACGAAAUGGUCACGGGGUACCCGCCGUUUCGCCACAAUAACCGGAAGAAGCUGCUCGAAAAGAUCUGCACCGAAAAGCUGUCGCUGCCCAAGUUUCUGCAUGCCGACACCCACUCCAUCUUGAAGCAACUGCUCGAGCGCAACGUGGACAAGCGUCUUGGCGCGGGCAAGUCGACCAUGUUCAAAGUCAAAGGGGUCGCCGCCAUCAAGCAACACCCGUUCUUCAGCGUACAACAACACGAAAGACUUGCGAUGAGGUUCAUCCGGGUUUGGUGUGUAGCGCAUCGACUGGGGUCUCUUGGCUCAACGAAAGAUCACGCCGCCCGUGACACCCUUGUUGGCGACUAACACGGGCGGUCUUGGCACGCUGGAUACGAGUUGUUUUGCCGAAAGCUUUACCAAGAUGCAAGUCGCAGUGGACGAAACCCAAGUCCCCGACGAUCACGGCAGCCUCUUCCACCGCUUCUCGUUCACGGCCGCCGACGUCCGCCUCCGCCGCGAAUCCAUCUCAAUCAACAGCCGCAUCAACGAAGAAGAGCAACCAAUCGACGAACAUGAUGAGGGACAUCUGGUGUCGACAAUCUCUACCCCAGACGACGCAGCUACCUCGGUCGUUGAAUCCUCCACAAUCGACCCACAUGUAGCCCCACAUUGUUGACUCUCCGUGCAAUAACUUGGUCAUGGGAACCAAGCGUCUACUAACUGUAAACACUACUACUAUAUACCACCAAGUACCAGUGACCAGUACAGUACUGACGGUAGUUCCUAUUAUUUAUAAUAGUAUGAUUCGUUCAUCCACA